AUGGCAACUAGCGCUCAGUUCGACGCUAUUAUCAUCGGCUCCGGUCAAGGCGGCACACCCCUUGCAAGAGCCUUCGCAGAGGCAAAUCACAAAACCGCCCUAAUCGAACGGCAACAUAUCGGCGGCUGCUGUGUCAAUGAAGGCUGCACGCCGACUAAAACAUUAAUUGCUUCUGGACGAGCUGCGUAUUUGGCCAGGAGAGGACCGGACUAUGGUGUCCGUAUGCCUGGUCUGGAAGAUGGGAAGAAUCAGGUUGCUAUCGAUAUGGCCAAAGUCCGACAGCGUAAGCGUGAUAUUGUGCAUUCGUUCCGGGCCAGCAAUGAAAAUAGUACAAAGAAUGCGGGCGUGGAUGUUUUGAUGGGCGAAGCUAGUUUCGUCGAUGAGAGGACUCUCUCUGUGGUGAUGGGUGACGGGAGUAAGAGGGUGGUCAGCGGGGACAAGAUUAUCAUCAACACUGGUUGUCGACCAGCGGCUCCAACACUCGAUGGGUUGGAAAGCAUUCCCCGAGCGAGGGUGUUGGAUUCGACGUCUAUCAUGGAACUAGGUGAAGUACCAGAGCAUCUGAUUGUCGUCGGUGGUGGAUACAUCGGGGUCGAAUUUGGUCAAUUGUUCCGGAGACUCGGGGCUAGGGUUACCAUCCUCCACCGUGGGCCCCAAUUGCUCCCGCGAGAGGACAAGGAGCUGGCGGACAUGCUAUUGGAUAUUUUUCAGGAGGAUGGCAUAGCCGUAUACCUGAAAACAACACCCAUUCGUAUUUCGACUUCCUCCGAGCAGUCCUUCGACGUUUCCAUCGUGACCAGUCAAGGCAAUGAGGUCGUGAAUGGUGCUACGCAUAUCUUGUUUGCAACAGGAAGAGUACCAAAUAGUGACCGCCUCAACACCGAGGGCGCAGGAAUUAAAACGGACAGAGCGGGUUAUGUUGUUACAGACGAAUUCCUUCAGACAUCCGCCCCUUCUAUCUACGCGAUGGGCGAUAUCAAAGGGCCCCCGGCAUUCACACACAUUUCCUACGAUGACUUUCGUGUCCUCAGAUCAUCUUUGCUGUCUUCUACCACUUCACCCUCCAGGUUCUCUGUAAAAGACCGGCUCGUGCCAUAUGUCGCUUAUACGGACCCGCAAUUUGCCCAUGUCGGUUUGCACGAGCAUGAGGCGCGAGCAAAGUUUCCAGACCGAAAGAUCAUGACUGCAGUAAUGCCCAUGAAUUAUGUGGCUAGAGCGUUGGAGACAGAAGAGUCGAGGGGUGCGAUGAAGGCAGUUGUGGAUGGGGAAUCGGGAACUAUCCUGGGUUUCUCCUGCUUAGGCGCUGAGGGGGGCGAGCUGAUGAGUGUCGUGCAGAUGGCGAUGGUAGGGAACCUAUCGUAUCAGAACCUGCAACAUGCUGUAUUUGCACAUCCGACUUUUGCCGAAAGCUUAAAUAAUUUAUGGGGGUUCUUGCGAUGA